UUUCUGCAAAUGGUUAGAAGUUUAAAUACUGGCGGAAUCAAAAGGCAUGUGCGUGCUGAACACUCAGAAAUUAUAAAAGUUUUGCUGCCUCGCUCCUAUUUGCUAGGGUUUAGGACGUCUCUUAAAAUUUCAGUUGUCGUUCAGUCGUAACUCUCACUGACAGACUGUGAAUUUGAACAGUUAAUCUCACCAGAAGUUACAAAUUUUCUGGGAAAAAAUUAAAAAUUAUCUACCAAUCAGUGAAUGAAUCUUUAAAAAGGUACUCAUAAAUUAGCUAGAUAUGCCAGACGCUAGCAAAAUUUUCCUGUCAAGGGUUCAGAUCGCGUCAAAAUAUUUACAACAGCAGCAAAAGCAGCAUUCGCCUCACUGGAAUGUAUUUACUUGUGCUCCAGGAAUGAUAUUGAUGAAUGAAGACCGAAUUUAUCUCAUUAAACCCGUGAUAUUUUUAACCUAAUUAAAUGCCGUCUUCAGUUCAAUUGAUUGAACUUUAGUGGUUAAAAGUGAACGGUUUCGUGCCAUCUGUAUGAUUUUACAUACACACGUGUAUAGAUUUGUAUAUAUACGUGUGCAUUUGCGUGUGUGCACGCAUACGUGUGCACACAUAUAUAUUGAGGCUUGAAAGUGAAUGAGAAGUUACUGAUUGCCUAAUUUUAUUCAGCAGAACUAAAUUCUGGUAACUUUUGGAUGACCUCUGCGAGACAAAGACAGGACAGAUCUAUUGUACAUCAUAUUACCCCUCUUCUUUGAUGGCUUUUCUUUUCCUCGCCUCCUUAUCAGUUUCCUCCUUUUUAACCCCACUUCAGCUCUUCGCUCCAUACAUUUCUUGCGAUAUUUUAUUUAAAGCGAGGUAACAAACCCCGGUGGCGAUUGCGGCUGGUAAAUCAGACGGCGGGGCAUCAUCCAUCGGGGCUGAGGGAAGCCAGCUCAGACAAAAGGCUGGCCCUACCUGCGGGCCAGGGAGGCGGCCGCCGCCCGAGGAGUAUCCCUACACCUCCGGUACCUGAUUUAGGGGGUGCGACCCCCCGGAGAGGGGGGUCACUCGGUUACAGGGAUAUUAUUGAGUGAAAUUGGUGGAAAUGCUGAGCAGCGGAGAAAUCCGGUGAUCGGCUCCCGCCUCCCCAUUGGCCGGGCCGGUCACAUGCCCGCCUAACUUUAUUCAGUUGACAGCAAGUAGGAGGGCUCUAUGGCAGGGGAAAAAAAGACAACACCAGAAAAAUUAGUAUUUUCUACCUUCGGAAAUUAAUGGCCAUGAGUUCGUAUAUGGUGAACUCUAAGUAUGUGGAUCCCAAAUUUCCUCCUUGCGAGGAAUAUUUGCAGAAUAGCUACCUAGGCGAGCAGGGGGGCGAGUACUACAGUGCCUCGCAGGGCUCUGAUUUCCAGCACCAGGGACUCUACCCACGGUCAAACUACAGCGAGCAGCCCUUUAGCUGUAGCAAUGCCCAAGGCUCUGCCGUGCAGCCGCGGGGUCAUGGACAGGAGCAAUCCGGCCCAGCGAGCCACUUCCCCGGCCAAGCAGAGCAUUGUCCACCGCCUCCAAUGCCCAACUCGCGAGCCUGCAGCCAGCAGCCGGCCCUCAAACCCCCAAACGGGUCAGCAGUUAAGCAGCCAGCAGUAGUUUAUCCCUGGAUGAAGAAAGUCCAUGUUAACUCGGUGAAUCCCAAUUACAACGGAGGGGAACCUAAACGCUCCCGCACAGCUUACACCAGACAGCAAGUCCUAGAACUGGAAAAAGAAUUUCAUUUUAACAGGUACCUGACCAGGCGCCGCCGUAUCGAGAUAGCCCACACUUUGUGUCUCUCUGAGCGCCAGAUCAAGAUCUGGUUUCAGAACAGAAGAAUGAAGUGGAAAAAAGAUCACAAACUGCCCAACACGAAGGGCAGGUCUUCUUCCUCUGGUUCAAACCCCCAUUUACAGACUGGUUCCAAGGACCAUCAGACUGACUUGACAACUUUGUAGAAGAGGUGAAAUUUUCCAUUUCAUCCUUCGCUUCUGACCAGUACUGUACAUAACUGACACUGCCCAAGCAGAACCUGCAUGUAGCAGCUAAGGACUCGAGAAACUGUCAUCUUUCUUUAAGGUACUGUUGUACAAAGGAGACAAAAUGACGCUACUUUGGACUUUAUUUUAUUUGCCUCUGCUAGCACAACCUAAAAAAAAGGAGAAAAAAAAAGGGGGGGGGCGAGAAAAAAAAAAGGAAAGAAACAUCAUGCAGGCAGUGGGAAUUGGGAAAAUAUUAAACGAGACCUUCUGUCCAUAAAAAGUAAUAAAUCAUUGAAAAUGAAACUGUCCUGUGUUUCAGUUUUGAAUUCGAAAGUGAAGGUUCGAUGCUUUAUUCUGGGAUUUUUACUUUUAAUUGUCUUUUUAUCCCAUGCAAUUUCGGGAGGAUGCAUUUGGGCAAGUUGAGGACAGGAAAUUUAUAGCAUAGUCUUUUAUUUGAACACAAAGACUAGUAAUUGUGAACUUUUUGUGCUGCUUUACCUUUCUUGGUGUAAUGAAAAUACUUGCUCAUUUCCAUAACGUCUCAGAAGGUGUGCAUAAGAAUUAAGUGAAAACGGGUUAUUUUAUGUACUGAUACUGUUAGUGUAUUUAUUUAUUUGUUAUGUAGAAGAUUGAAGAUAAAAACAAAAAUAGUCAAACCAAAAACGGGGAAGGGGAGCUGAAAUACAGUAUUUCUCCUACCCAGUCUCAUGAACACAUGUAUAAUGUUUACUUGUCUUGAACGUACACAACUUUCUCGUCCCUUUUUUUGAAUUUCCUUCUUUGUGAAUAGGAAAAGCGUCCCUGCUCCUUACCGUGUGCCAUCCAGGGCUAACAGGCUUGAAAUCUGUUUCCAAAGUCUGCUCUGCUCAGCGCUGUGCUUUAAACCAUCGAUACCUCAUUUAAAAAUGGAGAAAAAAAAAGGGGGGGGGGGAGACCACAACCCCCCCCCAGCCCCCUCAACAAAAAAAUAAAAAGAAAACCCCAGAGUGAAAAAUUAAUGAGAUUUCUGUUAUAACCUGAGCCUUUCAAAGCUGAAAGCUUUAUUUCUAUCAGAUUUUUAAUUUGUUUUCUGCUCAAGAGACAGGCUGUGUGGGUUGCUGCUUUGUUUUGUUUGGGUGUUAUUUUGGUCUGUUGGUUUUUUGUUUCCCUUUUUUUUUUUUUAAGAACAGUGAUUGUUUUUAAGCAAACCAUGACACAUGACUGCAAUGGUUGGAAAUCUCAGCAAGUUGCUUUCAGGAAAAGAGGAAAGGCUCGGAUGGGAGCAGAGCUGGUCUAAUACCCACGGAUUUGUCCCUGGCUGCUGGCUGCAUCAUGCCAAAGUUUUAGUGCGUUCUAACUACCAAACCCAGACAAACCAGCUCCCUCAGACACUUACACCUCCGCUCAGGCGAUUUUAAAACUCAGCCCUUAUCUGUCCUGUACCCUCAGGGCAGCCUGGGAGAGGGACCUUAUCAUCGAAAUUGUAACGAGAUGAUCCCUGUAUUAAAGAGAAAAGGGGCAAAGAAGGAAACCCAGAGAAAACAUUGAAGGGAGGUGGACAGAGCAGGGGGUGAGUUAACGUGCCCAUUUCCAGGCUGGGUGCUUCCCACCGAGGAGUCACUGCUUUUUGGGAUUGCUCGGGAAAACACUGGCCAAAAUGGGUUUGAAUGAAUUCAAAAAUAAAAGGCGAGCUUUUCAACAGGGGUGUAUUCGGCAGCACUAACUGUGGCCAGCGGUUAAUUUCUGCCCUUUUCUCAUCCCUAGAAGUCCGCAAAGUGUCUUGUAAGACUUGGCCUUUUGUUUUAGAGCCUGGAGAAAACUCUUUGUUCUUCCUUAGGGUUAGCCCAGUUCUCAGACUUGCACAUGGCAAUACUUGAAUAUCUCCACGUCGUGAUAUUAAAGAUGGAUAUUCCUGCAUUAUUCGCAUCAUUGUUUCUAUGACAAAAAGCACCGAGUUCAUACAUAGUAAAGACGUCUUUUUUCUGACGCCUUCACGUUGAGAAGCUGAAAAGGUAUUUUACUGAAGUUCGGCUAAAUUGCAGGAACAGGUUCACCCAGAGGACAAAUUUUCUAUUCGAUUAGUUGUAUUUCAGCCGGGAAGAGUGACCUCUAAACCCUUAACCUCUUGGACCCAAACUACCCUUCCCUUUCUCUAGCAUGGAGAGCAGCUAGCAGCAGCGCUUGAGGAGGGAAUUCCUGAGACAAGUCUUCAAGUUUUGUUACACCCAGUUCCUGCGGUAGUGGCCUUUCGUCUCCAGAGUUGUCCAAAGCCCUCCCUUUGCUCUUUAUACGAAUCGGGGGGGAGGGAAAAAAAAAAAAAAAGAAGCACACGCACCCCCCCCCAACCUCUCUGGCUGCUCUUCUUGAAAAUCCCCCUCCCGGACCCCUGCUGUUUACUUAAAGUCUGCCAUAAGUUGGCUAGGAGCAGGGCAAACGUGUUAUUCGAGAGAGAGCUACCAACUUUGGUAUCUGUGGUACAGUUCUGGAAAAUAAUGGCCUUGGAUAAGCAAAUCCUUGCUUUGUGCUUCUUAUGGACCGAGAUGGAUCCUGAAGUUAAAGGGCCAAAUUCUGCUCCAAGAUUUCCUUCCCCCCGCCCACUGAAGUCAAACAGGGAUGUAGCUGCGAGCAGAAUUUGUCUCAUUGUCUUUUGAAAUGUUAAUAUCUCCAGGACGAGUGUUGGGUUCAGCAGGCACAGCUCUUACAACCCUGUUUGCAAGUCCCCUUUGAGCGAGGCUGGGGCAUUGCAAGUUUACACAGUUGUAAUUGCACUGUAAGCUCGGAGAAUACGUGAACUGGAGGCAGAAAGUACCAAAAGAAAUAGUUUCCAGCUGCCAGUGCUCUGAAGGGUCAGGAAUGUCUGUAAUAACGACCAGAAGCACCCACUGGUCAUUAUCUCCCAUGGAAAACAAACCUGAGGUUUAUUUUGUAUUGUUUUUUAACCCUCCUCCAGAGUUAUUUUGUGUAGGAAGGGAAGCUGGUGAUUUUUGUUUAUCAUGGUUGAAACGUUGUGCACUGGAGCCUUUGUUAAACGGUCGCAUUGUCCAGCAAUACUUUCAUCUCUGUUAAAGUGUGAUGCUUUUUAUAGACUUUACCAAUGUUUUGCUGCCAUUGAUUAAAGCGUUAUUUAUACUA